ACCAGAAUGAGUCACUCGAGAAAUUACAACUAUUAUGAGCCCUCUAGGUCCCGGAGCAGGGAGCGUAGCUAUCGUCGUGAAUACCGAGACGAUUCGGAACGAUACAAUGUAAGCGCAUCGGAAUCAAGUCGUACACCUGCAGAUUACAGUGCCUCCAGCUAUCGAAGAAGUUCCCACCAUCGAAGCUCACACCACUACCAUGAUCCACCGGCAUCCUCCUCGUCCUCGAUGGGCAUGGGAACGCAUGAUUGCUCGUCACACAGUUCUUCCGGUAAGCUGGUGCUGGCCGUAUUUAAUCUGAGCGUGUAUACAACUGAAGCGCAACUGUAUGAUACGUUUUCCAAGUUUGGCCCGCUUCGCAAAACGACUGUUGUGCUGGAUGCUAAGACCGGCCGUUCACGAGGAUUUGGGUUCGUUUACUUUGAAAGUGCGGAAGACGCCAAAGUGGCUCACGAUCAAGCGAACGGGCUCGAAAUAGGCGACCGGCGGAUACGUGUAGAUUUUUCCGCCACAAACAAACCACACGAUCCGACACCGGGCGUUUACUAUGGGAAAGUGUCCCAUCCAAAGGGUGGUGGGUAUGGUGGACAUUCGUCCCACGGUAUGUCUAGCUCCCACGGUUAUCAUCACUGUAGGGCAUGCGAGGUAGAAGCGCGGGAACGCGAACGAUGGGAACGGGACACCAGAUCGAGGGAUCACCACUACUACUACGAUAGCUAUUCCGGGCAUGAUCGUAGCCGUAGCAACCGUUCCACGAUGGGCCGGUCUGGUAGGAGCGAUUAUUAUCGUGGCGGAACCAGCAUUCGCUGACAGUGGCAGCCCUCCAACCAUGCAUCAAUUGCUGUUGGUUGAUUCAUAGGGAACCCAGGGAACCAGGGAACAGAGAAAAGGUGAGAAAGAGAGGUAGAGCACUAUAUAGUGAAAGAUUGCA